CCCACAGUAAGGGAUCACCUGCAAAGGGUCCAGUCCAUUUGGAAGGACGUCAGGGCGGCCUUAACCCGGUCCGCUGAGAGAAAUAAACGGCUCGCGGAUCUUCGUCGCUCCUCUAUGAAUGAGUACAAGGUGGGUCAGACGGUUUGGCUUUCCUUCCGUGACCUCCCACUCCAGACUGAAUCCCGUAAACUCACUCCGCGCUUUAUUGGCCCCUUCCCGAUCACUGAACUCAUCAAUCCCACGUCAGUUCAACUAAAACUUCCACAAGCGCUUAAGAUUCAUCCGACGUUCCAUCUGUCACUACUCAAGCCUGUCUCCACUUGUGCUCUUAGCCCUUCGGCCGUGCCCUCCCCCCAAACCCCCCGCGUUAUUGACAACCCUCCGGCCUGCACAGUUUCGCGCAUCCUUGAUGUGAGGCCCAGGGGCAGGGAUUACCAGUUCCUUGUGGACUGGGAGGGUUAUGGUCCGGAGGAACGCUCCUGGAACUCCUGCAAACUUAUUCUCAAUGACUCCCUGAUUAGGGACUUUUACGCAGCUCACAUUGGGCAGGAUGUCAGGAGGCCUCUGUUGAGAGGGGUUACUGUCAUGAGCUGUGCCCUGCAGUUCCCUUGUCGACGCUUGGGUGGCGCUUUGCGCCCCUCUCGCUCUCUCUCCCCCUCUCUCUUCCCAGUAAUCAGCACCACCUCGGCCGCGCACCUGUUGUCAAUCAGCCUUCAUCAUCACCUGCAUUUAAGCCUGCCAGAUCCAAGCCUCCACUGCCGAAUGCUCCUUCUGUGUUCCCUGCCUUGCUGACCUCUUCCACCAAGCCAUCCACCUGCUCACGCCACCGUCUGCUGCAUGCACCCUGUCUCGAUGACCUGCCAGCACGCCUCAAGGAUCCACCUCCAAAUCUCUUCUCAAUAAACGGUUCUCCACCAACCUUUUCAGCCUCCGCCUGCUUCUGGGUCCAGUUAAAACGAACACCAUCGUAUCUUGACACUGUCAU